UACAACAGUCAUGGAGAACGACAAUGGGUGGCUUAAUUUUAUUUUUAUUUAAUUAAAUUUUUAUCUUUGAUACCAAUGUUGUAGCAUUAUUGACAAAGAAAGUUGUAGUUUGUGUAAAUAAUUCCACCAUGGACUACUUAGGAAACUACUAUCAGGAGGAUUUACCCAAGGACUUCCAGCUAAAGAAAACUUCUGUCCCUAUUGUUCCUCACAAAUCUGCAGAAAAUGGUUCCCAGACCUGUGAUGGUUGUGAUGCCAGAGAAUCGCUCCAACCUGUCUGCAGCAGCCUGCAGGUUCACAGUCAACUGCUCCAUCCAGGAUGAUCAGCUGCUGUCGUUCUGUGAUAAAGAUGUAUGCAGCCCAUCUGAGAAGUCAUUCAGCAACUUCAACAUGACCAUCGUCUCUGACAACACAGCUGUUGUCUGUAUCGGCAACAACUAUGUGAGCACAAACAACAUAUCAGAGAGUUAUGCAACGUGGUGUUACAGUAAAUAUGACCCUGAACUCAUAGAAGAAUCAAAGCCACGUUUUAAAAUUGAAUUAAUCAUCAUCAUCUUGUGUGCAAUGAUCCUCUUCAUAUGUGCUGUCUUAUCUUUUAUACACUUCUCAAAGAAACACCAACAGCAAACAGCCGCAGCUCCAUUAAUACAAAGCGGACCACUGGAUACGCAGCCACGGACAGAGCCUAGAACGUCCACGUCUUCUUCCUGUGAAGCCGACCCUUCAUAUGAGAACGUGGACAUUGACCAGCCUGGAGGGAUCAGCAGCAUCCCAAGAGGAGAACAAGGCUCCAGGGACAAUCAGGGAGUGGAUACCGUUUACAGCAUCCCCACAGCGCCUGCCUCUCAUGUCAAAYAUGAAAGCAGUAAAAACAGAGCAGGGCACACGGACGGUAAAACAACUUCAGUUUUAGAGACUGCAGCCGAUGUUCAGGAACAGGGCUGUGAACAAACYGAAACUGUCUAUACCCUGUUGCAGAUGCCAAAACACUCACAGCCCCCUCCAGAGGAGACAUAAAGAACUGGAAGCCAAAUUAAACAGUUGUAUUUUCUAAGAGUGAAGACCAAAGAGGAGAUCCAGAGUUAGAGAGGACAUGGAGGUAGUUUGGGUGAGGAUGGAGGAUGAAGAGGACAGAGUGAGAUGGAGGACGAUUCACUGUGAAGACCCUGAAAAGAUGAAGAAGAUGAAUUUAUUUAUAUCUAUUUUUUGCUGAAUAGCUUCUUCCCUCAUAAGACUGAUGAAUCCCCUUACUGACAGCCUCACCUGUCCAGGAGGUACAUUCUGCUGAUAAGGAGUGAUUCUCUGUGUUUUUUUUAGGUGUGUUUUUAUUAGUCAUUGUUCCGAAUUAUGAACUAUUGAAGGCAUUUUACUUUUUUUUACUUUAUAAUGUGGGAUGUUUAGCCUAUAUAUGUGUAUGUACUUUGGAUUUGUGUAUAUUUAUAAAUAUAGAUGUAUAUUUUAAGGCUCUUUAUAGUGGUUGUGAAACAGUAUUUUAUCGUAUUCUGUGAAUGGGAACACCCAGGGAAAUGACAAUAUAUUAAAKUUUGAUAUUUUGAAUAGAAUUAAAUGGAGCAAAACAUCCUGAUACUUGAGUUCCUUUCUUCUUGCGCARAAAGAACUCCUCUCUUUGACCGGCAUAACUGGAACUGUUGAGAGGUUUGCUGAAAAUAGUGUUAAAUAAAAUUACAGUAUUACUUUGAAGCUUGUAAGUGUUCAGAUAUGGCCAGCUAAGCUAUUAUUUAACAUCACUGCCAAUCAAUUAUUUCCAGUGUUGUUUGGAGAAUCUUUUAUAAUUGUAAAGUGAGGUUCAUCAAAGUAAAUGAACACAACCAGUGACCUGAUGUAUUCAGACAUGUAGUGACUCACUGUGAUGAAUAUGUUCUUCUUUGUUCAGGUUUUCAUUUCUGUUUUGUCAUUUUUGAUAAACGAAGUUAACAGUAAAAUUGAUUAUUUGUUAUUCAGCAGGAAAUUGUAACUUGCAUUUUUCAAGGUGGUGAAACAAG